AUGGCCGACGCAGAUGGAUACGCGCGCGCGUUAGAUGACUGGCGGUCCGACGACGAUGACGAUGACGAGCUUGAGAGCCACCCCGUGAAGGCCCUCGUCGCCGAGGCUGUUCGACAGGCGGCAACUGGCGAUGGCGAGUCCACCCCCGGUCCGCAUCACCACGGCGCAGACAUUGCGCACAUGGGCGUCGGGCAACCCAAGUCCCUUAUUCUUGCGACACCGCCGCCCGACGCAGCCGGGCCCGACACAGAUGAGGGGCGGGAACGCAUGGAGUGGCAAAGCAUGCUUGCCAGUGUGCUUGGAGGCGACAUUCUGCGCGGCGAGAGCUCGCGUAUAGGCGUCGAACUUCCGUCCGGCAAGACAUAUCGCAAGGCCCUUGGCCAGAGUCUGUGGUGGCAAAUCCGAGCCAGGCUGCGCAACCGCACUGAAGAAGAGGAGCGCAGACGAGUCGAGCAGCGCCGCAAUCGCGUCGUCGACACCGUGCUCGAGGAGAUUGACAACUUUACGAUCAAGCACGAUGGCGACGUCAGCCCCCUCGACCAGGUGGCGUACAUUCUGGAGAAACUCGCUAUCGUCGAGUCUCUCUACCCGCACACUCACGCCUUCAGGUUAGACAAGCCGCUCUACAACUCUGAGGAGUUUCAGGCCAAGGUCGAUGCGCUGUCCGCUUGGUACUCGAUCGUCACCCAACUACAGACCCAACUGCGGACGUUGCAGCUUUGGACUGGCACGGAGGAUCUCGACAUCACAAAGCCGAACACGACCAAGGAGGAGCCGCUCGUCGGCGGAGGAGGGAACCGCAUCCACCCGCUCGACUCGAAGGCGCUCGCGCACGCCAAGGACCAGACGGAUGACUCAACCUUUGUCGAUCGCAUUCUGAAGGAGGACUCGCUGCGACGUACCUUUGAGAAGCGAAUUUUCCUCGACCAGAUCGCGAUCCUGCAGAACGCCAAGCAGACGGUCAUCGCGCACCUGCCCAUGUUCGAGCAGCUCAACCUGCCCGACUUCCAGUAUGAGCUGCUCAAGAUCGUGUCGUUCCCGGGGCGGCUUAUCAUUGAAGCGCUCAAGACGCGUCUGCGUGCCGCCGAGCGCCUCUCGGAUCCGGAUCUCAUGGUCAUUGACGAUAUGGCGAGCAGCUUCCGAAACUCGAUCGCCUUGGCAAUCGUGAUCCGACGCCAGUACGAGGAGAUCACGUCGGUCGACCCGGAAAGCCGAUGGGCUCUGCCCGAGAGCUUCCCGGAUUCCUAUCAGGACGUUAUCCUCAAGUGCAUCAAGAUGUUCUUCAAGCUUCUGCACUGGAAGCUGAAGAGCGGGUCCAAGGCCGUCUACUUCCGCGAGACAGAAGUCCUCGAGGGCGAGUGGACGUUCCUGUUUGAUGCGGCGGAAGCUGUCGAGGGCGUCGACCUCGUUGUCGCGGAGAGUCUGUGUUCAUUAACGAACAAGCUCAUGGUCCGUGUUAUCAACUACUUUGAGAACUCGCUGCAUGUCCCGAUCCCGACGGACGACGACGGCCGCAGCAACGUUCAUGCGGGAUCUCCGAACGACACGAGUCGGCAGUACCGAGACCAGCAGCCGAUGACGACCGAGCAGAUGUUAGUGUGGUACGGAAAAAUUCUAGACGCAAUCAAGAUGCGGUUUAGGAAGCUGCAGCGCUUCGCGCGCCGACUGUACCAACAGUUCGACAAUUCAGCAGAGUACCUGCUCGAGGACGAGGAUACCGAACUCUUUGUCGAGCAACUUCAGGAGUCAGGGCACUUCCUGGUGUACACCAACGUCUACGAGGAACACGGCACUUACAUAUUCGCAGACGGGUCGCUGUGGGAGCGGCCGGCGGAUGUCAAGCAGCUGUUGACUCGCGCGUCGUCGCUGAACAUUUCCCCCGGCGCCAUGAAGGCUCGCGCUUCUGUUGGACUUAGCGAGUACGACGACGAGUCGGACGAGGAGGACGCGCAGUAUAUUCUGCUCGUGUCACCCCGCCAGAGCUUUGCGUGGAAGGGAGCGGUCAUGACCCUCGAUGUCGGCACGAAGAUCGACUAUGCGCUCGAGGACAGCCGCAUCCGCCUCGUUGCCGACGGACCGCUCACCCGCCUCGAAUACUGCAAGAUGCUGUUCACCCGCUCGUUCAUCGACCCCGACACCGAGACGACCAUCUUCCAGCCGCAGUGCAUCGUUGACGCCCAAUCACACCUUCCCAAGGUCAACCGCGAGCUCAAGAAAAUUGCCCGUUCCGCACUGCGCCUGUCCGAGUGUAUCAUCGAGUCGGCCGCCCACGUGCGUAGAACGCUUCGUGGUGCGCCCGGCACGCAGGACCUGAUCGAGAACUGGUAUUUGUUUGCGAGCGACCACGGCCAUCGCGUCGCCCUGCACAUGGACAACAGCGCCUGGUCGCGGUUUAGUCGGUUGUUGAUGCGCCUUGCGAUUAGCUGGGUCAGCUUCAUCUGCGACAACUGCGACCCCACGGACCGCAAGACUUUCCGUUGGACCGUCAACGCUCUCGAGUACGCGAUGCUUAUGACGCGCGGUAACAACAUUCUCCACCUGACGAAGCACGAGUUUGCUCUCCUUAGGGCGAAGGUUGCGAGCUGCAUGACGCUUCUCAUUUCGCACUUCGAUAUCCUCGGGGCGCGCUCCAGCAUCGAGGCCAAGAAGGAGGCCGAGCGCCUGGAGACGCUCCGCCGCAUGGCCAAGAUGUACCAGCGCGACGACGAUGACGAUUGCCUCCUGCCCCGCGUUCCGUCCCCGACGAGCGCCAGCAAGAUGCAGAUGCAGGUCGAUCGCUCCCUCCGUAUCCCGCGCCAGGAGCGCCUCGAGCUCAUCAACGCCCUCGAUCAGCAUCUCGCCGGGCAAUCACACGAGCAGCACCUUAUUGGGCGUGUCCUUGAUGAGGAAGUGUCUGAGGACCGCGCCCUCGUGUUCCUUGCUGCGAGCUCGAGCAACAUCUCCCUGCGGUGGCAGCAGGGCGGCUUCAUCGGUGGCGGCGCCAACGGCAGCGUCUACCUCGGCUUCAACCUCGACUCGGGCGGUAUCAUGGCUGUCAAGGAGAUUCGCGUGCAGGACAUUACCAACUCGCCCGCCCUCUACAAGCAAAUCAAGGACGAGGCGGACGUAAGUUGCCGUUUUGAGAUUCGAACUGACAGGCAGGUCAUGCAGAUGCUCUCACACCCAAACAUCGUCGACUACUACGGCAUCGAGGUUCACCGCGACCGUGUCUACAUCUUCGAAGAAUACUGUCCCGGUGGCUCGUUGGCGAACCUGCUCGAGCACGGACGUAUCGAGGACGAGGAGGUCGUCAUGGUGUACGCCUGGCAAAUGCUACAGGGUCUGCAGUAUCUUCACUCCAAGGGUGUCGAGCACCGAGACGUCAAGCCCGACAACAUCUUGCUGGGCGCUAACUCCGUCCUCAAGUACGUCGACUUUGGUGCGGCCAAGGUCAUCAUUAAGGGUAACCGUACGAUGGCGAAGACGCGCGCAAUCAAGGGUGGUGGCGGCGGCGACGCCGGUCCCGCAGUCAUGAACUCGCUGGCCGGAACGCUGAUGUACCUCGCUCCGGAAGUCAUCAAGGGAGGUGCCGGCGCUCUCGGAGCUGCCGAUAUCUGGUCCAUGGGCUGUGUCGUCCUCGAGAUCACCACUGGCCGCAAGCCGUGGUCCAACCUCGACAACGAAUGGGCGAUCAUGUUCCACAUCGGAAUCGCCACGCAGCACCCGCCGCUGCCGGACCCGGGGCAGAUGUCGGAUCUCGGAAUCGACUUCAUCCAGCAGUGUCUCACCAUUGAUCCGAAUGCGCGCCCGACGGCCUCAGAGCUCAUGCACCACCCGUGGCUGUCGCUCAUGAUGGAGCUCACGAUGCAGCCGGAUCAGUCUCCGACUGCGUCCAGUGUGCCUUCGCUCAUGACGACUACGACGGGUGAUUUGCAAUCGCUUGACUCAGCCACCACCUACGACCUCACACCGCAAUCCGAGCGUCUGCCUAGCGGCGAGCUCUCGCAUUCUUCGCUUGCAGUCUCGCAGGCGACGAGCUCGUAUCACACCCCCGAGAGCUCAUCCAGUAACGUGCAUUUGAGCGGGACGGCGCCUAGCUCCGAAUCGCCUUUGAAGCUGCACAUGGAGGAGAUUGCGCCCGAGCAGCAGCCUCUGGUUCAUCCGCAGCAGGAGGCGUUCCCACACCAAGCGCAGCAGCAGCAGCAGGCUGAGUAUGCCCAACUUGCUGAACACGCCCAGCUCGCUGAGCAGGCCCAGCAUGUGUCUCCGCCGAUGCCUUCGCAUCUCCCGCCGCCUAACGCAAUCAACGGCAUCGACUCCCGGCUGGAGCAGCUGAUGCUGAGCGACCCGCUGGCCGAGCACUCCGCGGGCGGUACGCCCACGCAGUGUGCGACUCCGGUGGCGCAGCAGACGGAACGCGCCCCCGAGUCUUAG